GUGUAAGGUUUGUUGUAGUAGAUUCACACCAACUACAUCUUAUCAUCCUUCACAAAAAAGGGAAUCACUUUCAAAAAAAAGAAUGAUCUGGAAGAACGGUCAAACUCCUGUUCCAUCAUCAGUCGACUGAUCAAAACCCACAAUUUCACCAUGACCAUUCUCUCCUACCUCAACAGAGCCUUCAAUGGCUUCUCUUCUUCCUCUAAGAUUCUUGUUGUUUUCUCCCUCAGUGGUGGAGGGCUUCUUGCUUAUUCGGAAUCACAAUCUAACAGUCCGUCAAACAACGUAGAACAUGAGCGACUAUCAAAUAAGAAAAAGGUUGUUGUUCUUGGAACAGGAUGGGCUAGUACGAGUUUCCUCAAGGAUUUGGAUAUUUCUAGAUAUGAUGUUCAAGUGGUUUCUCCUAGAAAUUAUUUUGCUUUCACGCCGUUGUUACCUAGUGUUACUUGUGGUACGGUUGAGGCACGGAGCAUUGUGGAGCCCAUUCGUAACAUCAUUAAAAAGAAAGAUGGAGAAAUUCAGUUUUGGGAAGCGGAAUGCACCAAGAUCGAUGCGGCAAACAAGAAAGUUUUUUGUCGUUCUGUUAUCGAAUCAAGCCUUGUGGGAAAGAAAGAGUUUGCUCUAGACUAUGACUAUUUGGUUGUUGCAACCGGUGCAGAAGUAAAUACCUUUAAUACCCCUGGUGUCAUGGAGUAUUGCCAUUUUCUCAAGGAAGUUGAAGAUGCUCAAAAGAUUCGUAGGAGCGUAUUGGACUGUUUCGAAAAGGCUAUCUUGCCGGACUUAACUGAUGAAGAACGCAGAAUAAGCCUACACUUUGUCAUAGUCGGAGGGGGGCCCACCGGAGUAGAAUUUGCAGCAGAGCUACAUGAUUUUGUCCAUGAAGAUAUAGUCAAACUAUACCCCAUGGUCAAAGAUCUCGUAAAAAUCACACUCAUCCAAUCCGGUGAUCAUAUAUUAAACACGUAUGACAGUAGAAUCAGUUCGUUUGCCGAACAAAAAUUUGCUAGGGAUGGUAUUCAUGUAAAUACAGGAUGUCGGGUUUUAGGUGUGUCAAAUAAAGAAGUCAACGUUAAAGUCAAAUCUACCGGUGAAAAUGUUUCUAUGCCUCAUGGCAUGGUUGUUUGGUCAACUGGUGUUUCAACCCGGCCUGUUGUCAAGGACUUCAUGGACCAAAUUGGCCAGGGAAAAAGGAAGGUUUUAGCUACCGAUGAAUGGUUGCGAGUAAAGGGAUGUGAAAAUGUUUAUGCUGUCGGCGAUUGUGCCACCAUUGAUCAGCGAAAAAUCAUGGAAGAUAUUGGUGCUAUAUUCAAUGCUGCUGACAAGGAUAAAUCGGGCACCCUAACUGUCGAAGAAUUUCAAGAAAUUAUUGAUGACAUACUCAUUCGCUAUCCGCAAGUUGGGCUUCAUUUACAGAGCAAACAUCUUUUGAGCGUGACCGACCUUUUAAAUGAUCCUGAAGGAAAUGCUAGGAAGGAGAUCGACAUUGAAGGGUUUAAAUCGGCUCUUUCUCAGGUUGAUUCUCAGAUGAAAAGUCUCCCUGCAACAGCACAGGUUGCUGCCCAACAAGGGACGUAUCUAUCAAGCUGCUUUAACAAGAGGGAGUUGGCUAAUUUUAUACCGGAAGGCCCACGCCGAUUCAAGGGUACCGGGCGUCAUGAUUUCCUUCCAUUCAGGUAUAAGCAUUUGGGGUCAUUUGCACCUUUAGGUGGAGAGCAGGCAGCGGCAGAACUGCCAGGAGAUUGGGUUUCUGUGGGCCGUAGCACACAAUGGCUAUGGUAUUCUAUCUAUGCAAGCAAGCAAGUGAGCUGGAGAACAAGGGUGCUAGUUGUAUCUGAUUGGACGAGGAGAUUCAUUUUUGGUAGAGAUUCGAGUCGAAUAUGAAUCACGUGGUCUUCCCAAUGGUUGCAAAUCAUGUUGGGUCGGUUGUUGGAGCCAAAAUGGAAGCUGGGUUGUUGAAAUAUUGUUAUGUUCCAAGAACUAUGAUCUUUACUUGUAUCGCGCUUAGUGACAUUUAUGUUUGCAUUCUGCUAGUUGUAAUGUUACUGUGAAUUUGCUAUUAUUCACUUCUUUUGGUUACAUUUUAUAACAUGUUUAAACAGAAUAUAACGCAACAUUUUUAAAA